AAUCAUGGCGAGCACGUCGAGGAUCGAGGCUAAUAAAGUUGUGUGCUAUUCUCAUCCCGAUGCACCCCUCAUCGAAGACUACAGGGCUGGGGACAUGAUAUGUUCCGAAUGUGGACUCGUUGUUGGUGACAGAGUUAUAGAUGUGGGUUCAGAAUGGCGUACUUUCAGCAAUGAGAAAUCUGGGGUAGAUCCAUCUCGUGUUGGUGGUCCCGAAAACCCAUUACUAUCCGGUGGUGACUUAUCAACUAUGAUAGGACCAGGACGAGGAGACGCCUCGUUCGACAGUUUUGGAGUAUCAAAAUAUCAGAAUAGGAGAAAUAUAAGCAGUACAGACAGAGCACUUAUAAAUGCUUUCAGAGAAAUAAACACUAUGGCUGAUAGAAUAAACUUACCCAAAACUAUUGUAGACAGAGCAAAUAAUCUAUUUAAACAGGUACAUGAUGGUAAAAAUCUAAAAGGUCGAGCUAAUGAUGCUAUAGCUUCAGCCUGUUUGUACAUUGCAUGCAGACAAGAAGGUGUGCCCCGAACAUUUAAAGAGAUCUGCGCUGUCAGUAAAAUCAGUAAAAAAGAAAUUGGAAGGUGUUUCAAAUUAAUACUCAAGGCGCUGGAAACAUCUGUAGACCUUAUAACUACAGCCGAUUUUAUGUCUCGGUUUUGUUCGAAUCUUGGGCUGCCCAAUUCUGUACAAAGGGCCGCUACACAUAUUGCAAGGAAGGCUGGCGAGCUUGAUAUUGUCUCUGGUCGCAGUCCUAUUUCAGUUGCUGCAGCUGCAAUUUACAUGGCCUCUCAGGCAUCCGAUGACAAACGCAGUCAGAAAGACAUCGGUGAUAUCGCAGGAGUGGCUGACGUCACCAUCCGACAGUCCUACAAGCUUAUGUACCCGUUUGCAGCUAAACUAUUCCCAGAAGACUUCAAGUUUGCCACACCCAUAGAGUUCCUACCACAGAUGUAGAAUAACUCCCACAGAAUAUAUGCCUCCAUGUUGUAACUAUAUUUAUUCUAAGAUCAGAUGGGUAAGAGCAUUCAAUGAAAUACAUUGUGAUACAUAUUCAAGUUUUAGUUAUGUACCUUCUGUUUUUCUUGUAACAGUUACACAUUGACUGUGA